AUGCGAGCGGUACUGCCGGGGAGACCCCCAGCGAAGCUCCAGUCGUUCAGCACUGCGCUGUGGGAUGGGCUUCGCGUAAUUGCGUACAUCUCCGGCCACGCGCUAGUCAUCCUCGGCGGUCCGCAGACGCUCCUCCAAACGAUUUACGUCGAUGAUACCGAAAAGCUCGAGGCUGUAGCCUUUGACGAGGCUUCUGGAAAGAUUGCUGUGUGCGGAGGGCCUGAUAUAUUUGUUUACCAGCCGUAUGGCAUCCAGGGCGAGACAUUGAAGUGGUCCCUUGCCUGUGCGUUUCGCGCCAAUGAUGACGACGAGUCGAUUCAUACCCUGUCGUGGGGGUCGCCGAAUGAGCUGCUGGUUGGCAACUCGCGCCUCGCGCUUUGGAUGCUGAAUGAUACCGCCCGCUUGGUCUGGAAACGGAAGCUGGCCAACCCGGUCAAGUUUGCCCAAUUCUCCCCUGAUGCAGCCUUGGUGGUGACUGUCGGAGAGUAUGACCGCUUGGUGAAGGUAUGGAGACGACUCGCCUUUGGUGAGGAUGAAGUACGGUUUGAGGUCUCGUAUCUUCCUCAUCCUGAUGUGGUCACGGGGACACAUUGGCGACUGCCGUACCACCGAGAACAAUCCGUCGAUAACGUCCUCUAUACGCUAUGCGCCGACAAUAAAAUCCGAGUGUGGGCUGUGACAGAUCACCACGCCCUCUCGCCGUUGCAGUUAUGGACAGACAUCGAUAUGGAACUAUCGGUACAACCCCGAGAUGCAUCCAGUAUCGAUCAAGGAUCUACCAGGAGAUAUGGAUUCUUUUUAGACGGUCGUGAUUUCUGCAGUGCGACAGAGCGAGCUGUGGAGCGGAACACGGGCAAUAAAGAAAACCACGCCUUGGAGCAUAUCAUCGAAGUCGCCAAACAGAGUCCAGAGAUAUGCGUUGUCAUUGAUGGCCAGGGACAUAUGUCUGCCUGGGCUUUGGAAGAUGUGGGUUCCAAGGUCAAGACCAAAAUGAGCGUCUUCAACAUUCUGCACGUCGAGGGGCUGGAGUUUGGAUUCAUGCCGGGCCUAUCAGCAGCAGAAGACUAUGCGCAAAUUCGCGCGUUCCAAAGUAACACAACUGAGGACAAACUUAGUAUUGUUGUUCAUCACUUUGAUGGUCGGGUUGAAUGGUACGACUCGCAAGUGGAUGUUCUCUUCGAUCCUACUCCCCGCAAGAAUCGAAUUUCCCCGAAAUCAUCUUGGUCUGGACACACAGCACCAGUCAAAAAGAUUGUGCGAAAUGCUCUUGGUGAUACACUUAUUUCGCGUACGGAUGAGAACAAGGCUAUGAUCUGGAGACAGAAGAGACGAAAGAGUGGCUCGAUGCUUCUGCAUAAAAGCGUCCUUCUCUCUGAUGAACACAUUCAUCGGACCUGUCUCAUCGAGGACAGUAGCCUACUCGUCAAUCUUCAUCACAAUGGAAUCUCACUGUGGGAUUUCAACUCUUAUCACGCUAAGAGGAUCGCACAUCUACCUUUCACAUUGUCCAGCAAACCCCUCUGUGUGCUUCCGCUUCCCAGCCCGGACACGAAGUCUAGGAUUGCCUACGUGGCAACCAUUGGAGCCGACAUGAAUGGCAUUGCAUGGGAGAUUGAAUGGAGUUCAUCCGAAGACAGUCGAAUGCGGAAAUUUUGCACCUUUGAUAUGGGCUUGAAGGAAGAUCUGGCCUAUAUCCUCCCCGUGGACCCUGCAGGACCCAAAGCCAAACACUCCGGAUUCUUCGACACAUUUUCACCAGAUAUUGCCCUUUCUUAUACCCAUAGCGGAGUUGUGCGAACCUGGACUGCAAAGGUGGACCAGACAAACGCUAAAGUUGAGUGGCUGCUGAAGUCAACAGUCGAUACAGGAAUCACGAACCCGUCGUUGGCGAGUGGAAGUACCAUCCGCAAAGCAGCGCUGGUGGAUGAGGAUCGAACACACUUGACAAUCUGGGACACCAACAAUGCUCAGUUGGAAUUUGAAGAGCAUUUCGCCCAACAUGAUAUCAUUCGGGAUCUCGACUGGACCUCGACUCCGGACAUGCAAUCGAUUUUGGCUGUUGGAUUUCCACACAAGGUCGUUUUGUUAUCUCAGCUUCGCUACGACUACUUAGACGCCCAGCCUUCAUGGACCCAGAUCCGAGAGAUUUGGAUCCGAGAUCUCACCCCACACCCCAUUGGCGACUCGUGCUGGCUCACAAAUGGUCACCUGGUAAUUGGCGCGGGGAAUCAGUUGUUUGUGUAUGACAAGGAAAUCGAUAUUGGCGACCGCCUCGUCUCCGGUCUUCGUAUCCCAUCUCGAGGACUAUCGUCGGUGGAUCUUUUCGAUGUCGUCAGUCGCCUGAAUGGCCCGUUGCCCGUCUUCCAUCCACAGUUCCUCGCACAGUGCAUACUCUCCGGAAAGACCAGUUUGGUGCACUCCAUUCUGAUCAAUCUGCACAAGAAAUUGAAAUUCUAUACGGAAGGUGAUGAUCUGGACGGAUUCCUGGAAAUGCCGCUCCAAGAAUUCUAUGAAGAAAGCGAUGUCUCCCAGCAAGCGGCGUCCAAGGAGAUGCGCUCUUCUUAUACGGAUGUGACCGUGCAAGAGGAAGAAUCAACCGUCAUGGAUGAAAAUACAGCUGCGGUUCUGAAUGAGAAUCUCGCACGGAUUGCGCUGCCUCAGAUCACAAGUCAUGAACAGUUCCGCCUUGUUGAUACUGUCGAGUGCGUAGCAACGGUGGAAAAGCACCGACGGUCAAUGGAUGACAAUGCCGCCCGCUAUCUCCUUUUUUUCCGACAGCACAUGCUGAGGAGGAGUCAAGGUGUCGCGAAUAAAGACACCGUUUCAUGGAGAGAGAUUGUCUGGGCUUUCCACAGCGGUAGCCAGGACAUUCUGACCGACCUAGUCUCGCGUCAGUUCAAUGGCAAAUUAACUUGGAAGGCUGCUCGAGAGAGUGGUAUUUUCAUGUGGCUAUCUGAUUUAACAGCUUUGAAAGCACAACUUGAAGUCGUUGCUCGGAAUGAGUAUGGCAAGACCGAGGAAAGGAACCCUAUUGACUGCACGAUUUAUUAUCUUGCCCUUGGAAAGAAAAACAUUCUUCAAGGUCUAUGGCGAAUCGCUCACUGGCAUCGUGAACAAGCCGCUACGCAACGUUUACUUGCGAAUAACUUCAGUGAAGCAAGAUGGAAGACAUCUGCCCUCAAGAACGCCUACGCCCUGCUCGGAAAGCGGAGAUUUGAAUAUGCUGCAUCAUUCUUCUUGCUUGCGGACCACCUUCGCGAUGCCACGAAUAUAAUUACCAAUCAGAUGGGAGACCUCCAGCUUGCGAUUGCAGUCGCACGAGCUUAUGAAGGAGACAACGGUCCUGUCUUGCGUGAAAUUUUGGAAGAAAAGGUUCUUCCUGAAGCAGCCUCGGAGGGCAACCGAUGGGUGGCUUCUUGGGCUUUCUGGAUGCUAGGACGACGGGACAUGGCCGUGCGGUCACUUAUUUCACCGAUCGAGUCACUACUUGCUCCAACACCCGCCUCCCCAGGAAGUCCCGGACGAGUCACACUCCAGGCCAAGUCGUACCUCUCCAACGACCCUGCCCUGGUCGUCCUCUACCAACAACUUCGCGAGAAGACCCUCCAAACUCUCAAGGGAGCCUCACAAGUUCGCCCACGAGAAGAAUGGGAAUUCGUUCUUCGCAACGCCCGCCUCUACGACCGGAUGGGCUGCGAUCUCCUCGCUUUGGAUCUAGUACGACACUGGGAAUUCCUGGGCGGACCACCAACACCCAGGACGUUGCAGACGCAGCCUGCUCUUGAUUUCCAUGAUGGUGCUGUUGAUUAUCGGAAACUGCUUCGCCGGCGGAGUAGUCUUGUUGUCGCUGAUUUGCCGGUCCGUCUUGCGGAAGUGAAGGUCGCUGAUGCUAAGGAUUCUUCUGCUGUGGAGGACUCGGAUAAACAGCCGAAGCCGAAACCACCUCCGACUAUGUUCCAUGAGCCUGAUGCUAAUUCGCUGUUGGAUAGCUUUGGUUUCUGA